AUGGGAGUUUCAGAAGCAUUUGUUUAUGUCAUGGCUAUGGAAUGUGUCUUCAAAGGGUCAUUAGAUGCGUUGGAUUGGCUUCAUCAUAUGAUCACCACUGAUGUUGAGAUCAUUGAGAAACAAUGUGAAGAGUUCUAUGUUACCAAGUUUCUGUUUGGACUGUAUCCAAGUCCACCUAAUGUGAAGGUAUUUUUCCAAGGAGAUGAUAGUAUCCCUUCAUUGAGUAUUGUGUAUGCUCGAGUUCGUGGUUUUGUACUGGAUUCUUAUUGGUGUCAAAACUUCAGGAAGGGUAAUUCAAGUUUUGUGUCUGCUUUAGGGGGACAGGAUUCUGAUUGCGUAGUGGUUUCAGAGGUCUUAGUUUGGGAUAUUAUAGUUCAAGAUUCUAGUUUUUCGGUAGAGGUCGUAGAAGAUAUUGAGGUAGAUAGAGGCUGUGGUUUUGGUAGAAGCUGGAGUAGAUACACUGGUCAUGAAAUCAGUGUGUAA